GAUUCAUAACGCAUUACGCAGCCCACUCAGAUGUCAGUCAACAUGUCUCUUCCAUUGCAACUGGUUGUAGCAUUCCUCACUUGCUUUGUUAUUGUUUCUCAUUCAUCGUCACUAAAUAAAGUUUUAUUUGAUGGGGACUAUGAAUUUAUAGACCUAACGUACCCGUUCGACGCUGAAACAAUUUAUUGGCCAAACACAAGAUCGUUUGAGUUCACGAAAAAGGACGAGGGAUAUUACGAAGAUGGGUCAUGGUACGCAGCAAAUGAAUUUGCGGCAGGCGAGCACGGCGGUACUCAUAUAGACGCUCCUUACCAUUUCGACGCCCAAGGCAAACAAGUUGGUGACAUACCACUGGAGAAGCUCAUAGUUCCAUACGAUAGCUCAAUGCUAAUACAAAUAGGUACUCAGAAGUCAUUUUUUAUUGAGCUCACAUCAUAUUAUGUAUGCAAAGCAGGACUGUACAAUUUGGAAAACGUGAAGCUUGACUCAGAUGUCCCAGAAUAUGGAUGCACAGCUUUUGUGAUGCCUAUGAAGAUAAGAAAAGGAACUGGAGCACCUGUGCGAUUAGCUGCCGUUUGUCCUAAACGAAAACUUCCUGACAGAUUUUAAUAUGAUUGAAUGAUAUUCUUAAGAUUCGAAACUGGAAAGAUGUUACAUUUUACUUCAAUUA